AUGUGGUUACGGGCGACUCAGUCAGCUGGGUCUCUAUUUCAACGACCCAGUUCGAACCCCGUGUCUUCGAACCACCUUUCCGCCCUUGUCCUGAUAAUCUACAUACAGGCGAUUUCAGAACUAGAAACUGAAAAAAAGGAGAAACAUUUGACUUUUAUUGGUGCCAAUCGGUUGAGGCUUGCUCAACUGACAGGGACUGAAAACCUGGGACCUGAGCCAACGAACCCAUUGAUGUGCGAGUUUUGGUGGCCGAAACGCCAGCAGCCAAUUCUGACUACCUCCAUACUCUCUACCAUGUAUGCAAGCGGUUGGUACACAGCUUACCGGGAACCCAUACAUAUCGGCUCCGUAAUGGUCAUCGGGAGGCUGAAGAUCGAUACAUGCACUUCCAACGAGUACUUUAGAAAACGCAUUGGGACAGAACAACUGUUCAACCAGAGGUGUGCACCAUCGGAGGUUCUUGUUGCAAGCUUAGAAGCCGUCUUGCUAAUGUGCUCUUUGUUGAGUGGAGCAUUUGUUAUCAAAAGAUGCCGAAAUUUUGCCCAGUUCUACUUGAAACCAAAUUGCAAGAAAUUAGUGAAAUACAUUCGGGGAUAG